GGAUGUAGCAGCAGCAGUGUACAGUACAUCGGCAACCAUGUAGCGCCGAGAGCAAAAAUAUCUUCUCCAGACGAGCUAAAUAAUCAUGUCCUCGUGUUCAUUGGUGUCGUCAUAACGUAAUGGUGGACCAAAAUGUGUUUGUGAAGAUAUCUGGACGCUUGGACGGAAACUGCGAGGCGAGGGAGUCGAGUGUGAAACCGAAGCCUGUUAACAUACACUGUCUUCCUUCGCCUGGACGUUAGUGAGGAGACACUGGGCUGCUCUUCUGAUUUAUUAGCCCACCUCGGCGUGUUAUCAGCCCUUUAAAUGAGUCCACUUGUGCGGCUAAGCGUGCUGGAGACUCGGGGAAAGGGCGUGUGACGCUAACGGAUACCCGGGGUUCGUAGUUUGCACCAGGUCUGGCUAUCCGCGUUACCGCCCCGUUUUUUCCUCUCGUGUAACGCAGGCAGCACGGCCGAUUGGAGGCUGGAGACUCAGUUUCAGGGGUUUGGACUAUAACGUAAAGCUGCCCACACCAUGGGGAAUACAACCUCCUGCUGCGUGUCCUCGAGCCCCAAACACCGGAGGAACAACCACUCCAGGCUCGAGCCCUACCGGCCGGAGCCGGAGCUGAGCCGGGAGGACACGGGCUGCAACCUCCAGCACAUCAGCGACAGAGAAAAUCUAGACGAUCUGCCGAUGGAGUACAAUCCCUCAGAUCAUCCCCGGGCCAGCACCAUCUUCCUCAGCAAGUCACAGACUGACGUUGCAGUGCCCAACAAGAGAGUUCGAGAAAAGCGGAAGAGCCUUUACAUCAACCAUUUCACACACAUUUCGGAGAACAAGCAUCAUCCAGGCCCAGUGAGACGGAAGUACAGCUCCUGUUCCACCAUAUUCCUUGACGACAGCACUGUCAGUCAGCCCAACCUCAAAUACACCAUCAAAUGUGUAGCCCUCGCAAUAUACUACCACAUAAAGAACAGAGACAUCGACGGAAGAAUGUUGCUAGAUAUUUUCGAUGAGAAACUGCACCCGCUCUCGAAGUCUGAAAUUCCUCCUGAUUAUGACAAACACGACCCUGAGCAGAAGCAGAUCUACCGCUUCGUCAGGACGCUGUUCAGCGCCGCACAGCUCACCGCCGAGUGUGCCAUUGUCACAUUGGUGUAUUUGGAGAGGCUCUUGACGUACGCUGAGAUCGACAUCUGCCCUGCCAACUGGAAGCGUAUCGUGCUAGGAGCAAUCCUCCUGGCAUCUAAGGUGUGGGACGACCAGGCGGUCUGGAACGUGGACUACUGCCAAAUUCUCAAGGAUAUCACUGUGGAGGACAUGAAUGAGCUGGAGCGUCAGUUCCUGGAGCUGCUGCAGUUCAACAUCAACGUGCCGUCCAGCGUCUACGCCAAGUAUUACUUCGACCUGCGCUCCCUGGCUGAGGCCAACAACCUCAGCUUCCCUCUGGAGCCCCUCAGCAGAGACAAGGCCCAGAAACUAGAGGCCAUCUCACGGUUGUGUGACGACAAAUACAAGGACUUGAGGAAACAAGCGAAGAAGCGGUCAGUGAGCGCAGACAACCUGACGGUGGUGCGGUGGUGUCCGGCCAUCAUUUCCUAACAGUGGCCGCCUGCAGCACGGAGACAGACCUGUCAGACAUACUGUACUGUAAUUCUGCCUGGUAAGCGGGCACACCAGGUGGGCAGCAGUCCUGUGGAUCAGCACACACACACAUACACACAUAUACACACAAGCGGGCACUUUUACAAGUGUGAUUGCACCCUCUCUGGUUGUACAUAAAAGAAGUCCCACUGGCUGCCUGCACUGAACCAAACAGAGCUGAGCUGAACCAAACUGAAGUGUGUGAGUGAACGUCUUGUGAAUGCAGAAGAGGAGGCCGAACUGCAGAAGAAGAAACGCAGCUAGCGACAUGAGAGACUGUGUGAAGUUGGGGAAAAAAAUAGGAACAAGCUUAAUGCGAGAAGCGACAGACGGUAGCGACAACAGCGUUCCACACUUCCCUCUUAGGCUCCGCUGGCUUGUACGGUCGACCGAGGGAAGCCGUGUACAUUCCUUUAAUUUUUAACCUUCUUGCUCAGUCACUUUCUUAGCUGAAGCAUGAGAUGAUUUUUUUGACAGCUUACAGGCACAUUUGAAUUUUUAAAAUGCUCAAAUCCUCAAUUUGUUUCAGUGUUUUGUUGGUGUUUAUCUGUUCCUUUGCAUUCCCAUGCAGCAGAAAGCUCUGCCGGCAGAUCCAAGCGAAGACGUGUACAUUCCACCGCUACCUUGAGUGUACAGUUCGAUUCGACUGGACCACAUAUCGUCGCAUCCAUUUACACUGUAGCCAUUUAACUCAAGUUUUCAUUCAGAGAGCUAACAUUGAAAACGCAAGUCGGUGUUUAGCUCAGGGGCGCUUUGGCAGGACCUGGGAAUUAAACGUGUACUAUGUUCUCACAGCGAGGCCAUCCAGCCACCGUUCAGACACUCACUUAAAGCAAUAUCCAUGCAUCGCUCUGUUGUUGUGAUCGAAUACGAUGAAGCAUGCAUACUUGGGAGAAGACUCGACUGGAAGACAUUGGUCCACUACUCUCAGUCAGACGUGAGACAUACUGUAGAGCUUUUGUUGUACUUAAUUCACUGCCAUUGUCCUGACCUGUGGUGCCUGUAAUAAGCUACGUUAACACCUCUCCCCUUUCUACUGGAGGAAUAGAACAAAUAACUGAAGUAUUUUUUUUUCCUUUAACAUUUUUGUAUGGUUCUUCCAGCUUACAAAGAAACAGCACAAAUGGAACAUUGACAUUUAGGUGCCACUAAACGCAUGACUCUUCAGGGUUGUUUUGUGUUGUUCUGGAGAGGAGCGGAACGAAUGAGGAAGCAUUAAAGUGACGAUUCAAACACUGCUCACGAAAAGAUCGAUUGUAUACAUUUUGCUAAAUUGUCUCUGUACAGUGUAAAUACAGCGCAGGUGUGCAGAUCUAUAGACUGAGGUCGUACUGUAAAAAAAACAAAACAAAACAGAAUGAUGUUAGAAUAUUUAUAUUGGGUCAGUUUUUACUGUACAUGACGGGGAUGGUAAAUAUGUCGGAUUCUUGUUCCUAUGACAAAUCAAGUAAAGACAAAGUAUUAAGAUUUAAAAUGGGAGACACCACUUAAGAGUUUUUGUCUGUUCUCUUGUUACGAUGUUUUCACACUGCAGAAAAUGCCAAGUUUUUUUAUGUGUUACAUACUGUAUAUGGUAUAUAGAUAAUACGAGACAAUUCAGGCUUGUUUUAUUAUUUGUUGUCAUUUUUAAAACAUUUUUUUUACCCCACUCUGUGGAAGCAUUGCCAGAUUCAUGUGUUCAACGAUGCCUGUGUUUAUACGGAGCCUUGUAACUGGGAAAUUAUAGGAAAAGGUGAUCAGGCAAGUCAAAAAUACAUCAAUGAAUAUUUUUGUUGAUGAAAUAAUUAAAAUUGAGCUUUUGGAAAAGCCUUUAAAGCUUUGACAGUUUCCUUCAAUUGAUAAAGUAGAUUAAAAUUUAAUUUGGUUUUGGUUGUGGCACACAUUCAGUCAGUUAAAUGUUCCAGUUUUACCAACAUCUCUCUUAUAAUGGUGGUCUAUUGGGAAAUUGCUGCUUAAGUACUGCAAGAGGCUACUGGGACAAACUGGCAGCAUGGCUGAGUAGCAGCUGGGUAUCAAGCUCUCUUAAUUCAUUCAUGGUUUAGCCAUUCGUGUUUUCAGUUUAGCUACCUAGCUACACAGUUGUUAAGAUUGUUUUGAUCGAUCCAUAGACUGAUAAUAAAGAUGGACAAUGUUUCUCCACUUUGCGAAAUUGAAGCCAAAGUAUUCCUGAUAUGGGCGCUGCCAUCUUGUGCUGGUGACGUCAUUUGGAGCCAGAGCAUACGCAGUAGCAAUCGGGAUGUGGAGCCACAGUAUGAAGUUCCUGCCACACACCCAUCCGACCCAGUCGCAAGCGGCACCAUUGAUUGGGAACAUACUGGUUGACACAUGCAGCUGUCAGUCAUGAUGCCACGCCCCCUUUUCAUUGCAUCAGAUGAACUAGUUGAAACCAAAUUUGAGAAAAAGGAACACUUCAACAUAGGUUAGCAUAAUAAGAACUACCUAAAAUGGCAGAAAACAUCUUUGCGAAAAAUAUUUGACUUAUUAGUUUGGCCCAUGUCCCAUUCCCUCACAUGCAGGGGGCAGGGUUUAUGAUCUAUACUGCAGCCAGCCACCAGGGGGCGAUUGAGAUGUUUUGGCUUCACUUUUGGGGAGCUGUCAUGUCGUCUAUCUUUAUAUACAGUCACUGGAUCUUACACGAACCGGCACAAGCAUACAAAUGCUGGACCAGUCACACGCCGUGGACAUAUACGGUCACGAACAUCUUCUUUUCUGCAUCAUGAAAUUGAAAUACAAUGAGUUAAAUUGGAAAUGUUGUGCGAUUAAAAAUAGGGAGAAAAAUGAUUAAAUGUGAGCCAAAACCAAACAACUGGAAAAUGAUUUGGUGAAAGAUAAUAAAUAAAGUUUCAAUCAACAGAGGUUAGAAGAAAGUCCUCAAACUUUAUAUUUCUUUUUAUCUAACUAACAAUACUACUGUAUUUUUGACUUUUCUGAUAUCCUUUUACAAAGUUUUGUCAGUUUUGGGGCUCCACACUUGUUGCAUUUACUGGAAAUCAGUGAAACUAUCAUAAGCAUUUUUCUCAUGAACAAAUCACCUCCUGAUUUGCUCCUUUCUCGACAUUUCUCAAAUCAGAAAAAGGAAAAUGUACAGGGAUGUAGUUGAAAGUAAACCUAUAAAAUCAUUGAGUUUAAUCGGUUUAAUUCAUUCUAGCGAGUUGAUGUAUUAUUCACACUUCGACGGGUUGAUAAAAGUGUGAAGUAAUGCUUUGAUUAUAUAAACUUUAUAAGUGGUUGUUUGGCUUAUGAUCAACUGGACUCACAUUUCCUCUGUUACAUAAUUAAAAAUGAGGCACAAACGUAGAUUUUUAAAAGCAUUUUUCUAUGUAACACAGAAGUUAAGAUGAAGGUCCAAAUUCAGACGUGACAUCAAUGUACCCUCUUUCUAGCCGAGCUUAUUUUUCGCCUUUCAUUGGCAGCUUCCACGUCUGUGACUUCUGUUGUCUGUCAAGCUACUAGAGAAUCAACCCGUCAUUAAGUUAAGUGAGAUUUCCGACCGCGAGCAGCAGGUGUGAGAAGGGACAGAACCGUACCAAAGUCAUGGAGAAAUGAAGGACAAUCCUGUUGGACGUGUCGCUCUGAGCCAGCCCUCUUGCACAUGAAGUAUAUGAACAGGUGUUGGGACUUGGGAAAGAGAGCUGUUGUUUUGUAUGGUGCUUUGAAUGAGUGAAAAAAUAAAGUGCAAAACGUGUCUGUAGGAAAGUAACGUUACUGGAGUUGCUGUUGUGAGUUCAAACUGUUAGAGGUAAUCAAAGAUUGUAUAUCCUAUUUAUUGUAUGUGUGUGCAUACAGUCCAGUCUGGCGUUCUCUAGACGCGGAUGUGAGCGUUGAUGCCAUGUGGUCGACGAUGGGGAGUCCUGAGGUGGAACAUUUGCUCUGACAGCAAAGACCGUGGGCCUGUGGCGUCCUGUCGGCUGGUUACUAGGUGUGUCAUAGCCUUGUGCACUGAACUCUACCUCUGCAUAGAGUUUUACUUUUCUCAACUUUUCGUCCUCUCUUCAACGACACUUUUUUGGAUUUCACACAUUCAGCUUCGAUCAUGACGACUCCCCCGUGCUAACAAACGUCAACUGCUGUAACUGUGACCUUUUUUUUUGUUGUUGUUUUUCAUUGAUUGAUAUUUUCUACAUGUGCUGUGUUCUGUUGUUGUUGUUGUUAUUGUCAGCGUGUUAUUUUCUUUUCAGUGAAUCAUUCUGUUCCCGUUCUCGGUUUGCCAAACUCACAUCUGUUCUCUUUUUCUCUCUGUUCUCUAUGAUUUGAAGAUCUGCUCCUAAUUCUUCUCUUACGAAGCAAUGUUUAGUAAAAUCUGUGCAAGAAUUAAACUUUAAAACCUUGCAGCAAA